AUGUAUAUCGACAUGGAUCAAGAACCAUUGUUUAAUCAAGAGUGUCCAGAAGAACUAUACAAUCAACAAGACUGCUCAUGUAAAAUAGUGAGAGGCAAACCUGUCAAGAUACACAAGUAUAGAGUCAACAUCCCAUCAAAGGAUAAGAAGAGAAACACAUUUAUACUCAACAAAGCUCAACCUUUGAAGCACCCAUUGGAUGAUACGUUGAAUGAGACCAAUUCUGAUGAUGGCAAUUGUUCAGAAGAUGAGUACGAUUCGCUUGACGAUGUCUCAUAUUCAUCCUGCUCAACGUCAUCAGAUCAGUUUAGGGAGCCUCAUCUGCUUCAAAACAGUUGGUGCAGCUCUUCAUAUCGUAACAAUUCAUGUAUUGGUAAUAGCAUAACGAGCAGCAGGUCGGGGAUUUCAUUACUUUCACUAAAUGGUGCUACAUUUCCACCCUCGUCCUUAGCCAGUACUCCUUCGACAACUACUGCUUUAUUGACAACCACUUAUUCAACAACUUCCCCACCAAACUUUAUAGAGGGUGAUACAAAGACAAUUACCCCUUACUUAACACCCAGUUCAUCACCAUUAUCAACGUUUGUUUCAUUUGAAGCUACGAGUAAGCCAGAGAUAGCCAAGUCAUCAAAGCUUCAUAGAACAACGUCAGCUGAUUGUUUGAAUAAAGUACUUAGCAAGUAUCAACCAAAGCAGUCACUUUAUUCUAAUCUUACAAUCUCAUUGAAGUCGCUAAGAGAUAGGCUUGUCACAAGAGCGUUAUCUGAUCUCGAAGUGGAAGCUCCUUCUAUUGUGGAUGAAGAAGCACCACCUGUCAUAACGAAGGAGCUUCCAUCACAAGAGUUGAUUACAUUUUUCGAAGCCAAACAUGACCAUGAUACUACUCAAGAACACAUUAAAUCAUCCUUUAGAAACAGGGACCAUCGCAUUAACUCACAAUUUCUUAGGUUAUAUGCUUACGACUACAAUGCGCGUAUAAAUUCAAGAACACUCCCUAAUUCGCUUUCGCAAGAAGAGUUGAUCAGCAUCAUUUUAGAUAACCCACAUUUGAAACCGUUCCACAAGAAGCACAAUAUCUACCACAUUUCCAACUUGUCAAGAGAAAAGCUUUGGAACUCAGUAGUACUCAAACCAAGACUCGACAAAUCGCCACAACAAAGCAUUGACUAUGAAGAUUAUAUAUGCGGUGCUGAUGAUACAGUGAUUACGCAUGCGUCAAUAACAAGAAAGCAUAGUAAAUAUUUACCAUGGGAUUUGAAACCUAGUAUAAAACCAGCGGGGGUUUUGCCCGGUGGUAAGUGGGAGUUUAAUGGUAAAGCUCCCAGUCUGGGAAUUUCAAAAACCCAGUUUACAGUUAAAGGUUGGUGUAAUAGCAGGUGGGUUGCUAAAACAGAGUGA